AUGCGGUAUCGACCGCCACAGCUAGGCGCUCUUGGUGUUACCUUCACUUUCGCGAGAGCUCUUCAGUUUGCUUCACUCAUUGCCGUUAUUGGGCUGUGUGCCAACUUUAUCAAUGAUAUAGCUGCUGCUGAGCAUGAUGCUCCUGCGGAGUUGAUUGGUGCUCUCGUUGUGGCGGUUAUUUCUGUCCUCUAUGUGGUCAUCACCUAUAUUCUCUACUACGAUUCUAUGCUUCCGCUAUUAGUAGCCAGCGGGUUCGAUGGAGUUCUCCUUAUCGCAGCUAUUGUUAUUGCUGCUGUAAUCGGAAAGCCCCUGCCGAAGCUAACUUGCUCUCGGCUGCUUGUUGCGAAUGUUCUUACAAUCACUGCCACACCCUUUUCUUUCGUAGCUCACCCUAUCCGAACAUCUACCGUCUCCAAGACGCUCUCCUAUCCCGUCUUUGUUUCCCUAAGCAAGUCAACAUGCAUGGAGAGCAAGGCCGUCUGGGGCCUCUCCAUCGCCCUCUGCAUCCUCUUCGCCUUCUCCUCCUUCGGGUACGCGGGCGCCGCCAGGGACGUGGCGACGAGAAAUGCUACCAAGCCAAAGAAGCAGCAACAGCCAUGGAACAUCGAGAACAAGCAAAACUUCGAGUCUGUCUCCCUUGACCCUGUUGUGCUGCCCCCUUCUAUCCCGCCUGCCCCGCCGGUGCCCACCUACGCCCACGAGAAACCGCGAUCUGUCCUGCCGCGUCUCACUGUGUCGACUGACCCUCGUUCUUCAUUCUCCCGCCUCAGUAACGAUUCUGACCUGUCGUCUGCUCCGACGAGUAGCUUUGAUGUGGCGAGCCCUCCCCAGCAGGGUUUAAGGCCGCCGCCGGCGAUGCACUCUCAGCGGUCGACUAUUACACUUACGAAUCCGGACAUUCCUGUUAGGAGGGACGGUGAGGCGAGUUCCAGCUCGACGGACGGAAUCUCGCCCUUGCUUUCAAGGGCUCCGUCCGCGCUGUUUUCUUCUCCCGGCUCCUCGACUUCCAAGAUAUCAAGUCCGGAGACCAACCUCAGGCGAAAAUCUACCAUCAUCCCCGUUCCAGCAGUCCUCCCACUCGGGCAAAUCCCCUCACCAACCCCUACCUCAGCAGGGGGCUCACUGCCUCCGGAGUACAAGCUCGUUCCAAUUCCGAUGUCGCGCUUUUCGACCGCACUGGCGGCGCAGAUAAGCCUCUCCGAACAGACGGCCCGCAGCCCAACGGCCCCAGCCACUGAAAUUGCCAAAUUGAACCUAGGCAACCUCUCCGGCCUAGGCAUCCUCUCCCGCUCCCUCAGUGGACGCCGUCUCACUCCGCGACAAGUCCCUGUGCAAGUCCCCGCGCAAGUCCCCGUUAAGGUCGAGACGCACGAGCUGCCGGAGAGAAAGCCUAACCCAGAGUUCCUGGGCGUACCUGGCGUCAACACAGGGAUAGGGAAGGGGUUGACCACAGCGGACGUUCAUUCCAUUAGGGCAAGUAUCGUUGAGCCCACGUCGGUGGUGACUACUAAUCUUAGUCCCUUAAGUCCGAGUACGCUGGCCGGGGUGGUUAGUCCUUCGACGGAGUCUCUCAAACGAGAGGAAAGUAAUGAGGUUGGGUUGGGGUUGGGGAUAUUUGGGAGUUUGAGGGGGAGAGGUGAGAAGGAUAAAGAGAAGGACAAGCAGGGGAAGUGGGAAAGUGGAAGGCAAAAAAGGACGGUGUGGGAUGUGGUCGAUGGGUGGUGGGAUCUGGGGUUGUUGGAGAGGAUGGGAACCGUUAAGUCUGUUAGGAGGAAGAAGCAAUGA